ACGUGGCAUCAGGACAACCAGCCGUACACUGCUUGGCUCGAGACCAAUUUGUGCGUGCGCGCGUGUGUGUGUACGUGCGCGCGCGCGGGAGGGGGAAUGGGGGCUUGUCUCCCGGACUGCCGCUCUCAGGAUCGAUGUGAUGCCAUGUGAUGCGUUUUUUCCACGCUGGAGGUUCCUGGACCCGAGACUCCCAGCCUCCCCCCUUCCCCAACACGGCGCGGCCCUCCUCCACGAGAGACCUGCCGGAGAGACCUACGGGAGAGACCAGCCAGAGGAAAGCGCUCUUUCACAGUCGGCGAAACUGCGCGCCGCGUUUUAUGAAGACAGCGGAGGAAUAGUGUAAACACAGUAAAACCUCAGCGAUCAUGAUGGUACCGCGGUACAAGACGUUCCUUUGCACGUAGCGCUGUGUGUGACGCGCGAGCCUGCCUGGGCAGCCGCCUGCAACGAGAGAGCCGGCGCGCCCCCCUCCCCCCUCCUCCAGCUCCUCCACAGAUCCGCACGCUCAUUGACGCCGCGGCUGCCGCUGCACAAGGUCACUCCGGAGGGUUCUUUUCAGAGGGAGAGGAGUAGCCGCGGCGCGUUGCGAUGCAGGAGCGUCGGGACAGGCGGACGUAGGGGGGAACUCGGCCGGAUCGGGUUCGUGAGAAAAGGAUGCCUUUGCACCCGUGUGGAAGAAGGAGGUGCAGUGUUCCCUCGUCACCGGAGGAGCUUCCUGAGCUGCAGCAUCGCCGCUGCCUUGUGACGGCCAGGCGUUACACUCCAGCCACCUCCGCCGCUGUUCUCCGGGCGACGAUGUAAGGAGGAGAGUGGGCUGCCAGCGGAACAGGAGGGGAAAAAAAGAACAGAAGCACAGCGCUGGGUCGGGGGGAGCAGCGGCCGCUGCUGCCCCUCUGCAUUGAGAUGCUCUGAGGGGGUCCUCUUUGUGCUUCUCCUUCGACCUUCAACCCCACACCCCCCCUCCGCAGAGCCCCAGCUCCACCAUGUCCUUGGCGUUCUGCGGCAAUGACAACAACUCGGGUGCCUACAACGUGGACCGCGGGGUGCUCAACAACGGCUGCUUCCUGGAUGCCCUCACCGUGGUGCCCCACGUGUUCCUGCUCUUCAUCACCUUCCCCAUCCUCUUCAUCGGUUGGGGCAGCCAGAGCUCUAAGGUGCACAUCCACCACAGCACCUGGCUCCACUUCCCGGGACACAACCUGCGCUGGAUCCUCACCUUCGUGCUCCUCUUCGUGCUGGUGUGCGAGAUCGCCGAGGGUGCCGUGUCGGAUGGGUUCACGCAGUCUCCCCACUUACACCUCUACAUGCCUGCUGUACUGGCCUUCCUGGCUGCUAUCACCUCCAUCGUCUACUACCACAACAUUGAGACCUCCAAUUUCCCCAAGCUGCUGCUCGCUCUAUUGAUCUACUGGGUUCUGGCCUUUGUCACUAAAACCAUCAAGUUUGCCAAGUACUACGAGCAAGGCGUGGGCAUGGGCCAGCUGCGCUUCUGCAUCACGGGCCUGCUGGUGCUGCUGUACGGCCUCCUCCUAGCUGUGGAGAUCAACGUCAUCCUAGGCAGGCGGUAUAUGUGUUUCAAACACCCCACAGAGGUGAAGCCACCCGAAGACCUACAGGACCUGGGCGUGCGCUUCCUGCAGCCCUUCGUCAACCUGCUGUCCAAAGGCACCUACUGGUGGAUGAACACCUUCAUCACCUCCGCCCACAGGCGCCCGAUCGACCUCAAGGUCAUCGGCAGGCUGCCCAUCGCCAUGCGCGCCCUCACCAACUACGUGCGGCUGCGCAGCGCAUUUGAAGCACAAAAGAAACCACAGGGGUCCCAGCCCCAAGGGCCCAAGUGGAUCUGGAGGGCCCUGAGGCAAGCCUUCGGACGACCCCUCAUGCUCAGCAUCACCUUCCGCUUCCUGGCUGAUCUGCUGGGUUUCGCCGGGCCGCUCUGCAUCUCCGGGAUCGUGCACCACAUCAGCAAGGAGAACAAGACUCCGCCGCCCCCGGUGAAAUUGCUGGGAAUCUAUUUCAUCUCCUCGCAGGAGUUCCUAGCCAACGCAUACGUCCUCGCAGUCCUGCUCUUCUUCGCCUUGCUCCUGCAGAGGACCUUCCUUCAGGCCUCCUACUACGUGGCCAUCGAGACUGGCAUCAACCUGAGAGGCGCUAUGCAGACAAAGAUCUACAACAAGAUCAUGCGGUUGUGCACCUCCAACAUGUCCAUGGGGGAGAUGACCGCCGGCCAGAUCUGCAACCUGGUCGCCAUAGAUACCAACCAGCUCAUGUGGUUUUUCUUCCUUUGCCCCAACCUGUGGGCCAUGCCGGUGCAGAUCAUCGUCGGAGUCAUCCUCCUCUACUACCUCCUGGGAAUCAGUGCCUUGAUUGGGGCCACAGUGAUCACCGUCCUGGCCCCCGUGCAGUACUUUGUGGCCACCAAGCUGUCCGAGGCCCAGAAGAGCACAUUAGAGUACUCCAGCGAGAGGUUGAAGAAGACCAACGAGCUUCUCCGUGGAAUCAAGCUGCUGAAGCUCUACGCCUGGGAACACAUCUUCCGCGACAGUGUGGACGAGACCCGGCAGAAGGAACUGACCAGCCUCAAGUCCUUCGCCCUCUACACGUCUGUGUCCAUUUUCAUGAACGCCGCUAUCCCGAUAGCAGCCGUUCUUACUACCUUCGUGGUUCACGUGCACCUGUCCGAGGACUCUGACCUCUCCCCAGCCGUGGCCUUCGCUUCCCUUUCGCUCUUCCACAUCCUGGUGUCGCCGCUGUUCCUGCUCUCCAGCGUAGUGCGUUCCACUGUCAAGGCCCUGGUCAGCGUGCAGAAACUGAGUGAGUUCUUUGCAAGUGAUGAGAUCGGGGAAGAGCAGGACCCCAAUGCCAUCAUCCCCACAAGCACUGGCCACAACAACAAAUACCAAGCAGUUCCCUUGAAGGUGGUGAACCGGAAGCGUCCAGGCAGGGAGGACUGGAACAACUACGGGCCUCCGAGGGAACGUGACGGCAACUGCCCUUUAGCCGAGGAGGACAAUGUGUGUAUCAAGAUAGUGAGUGGAUACUUCACCUGGACAGAUGGACCUCCCACUUUGUCAAACAUAGACAUAAAGAUUCCAUUUGGUCAGAUAACCAUGAUUGUGGGCCAGGUUGGCUGCGGCAAGUCUUCGCUGCUGCUUGCAGCACUGGGGGAGAUGCAAAAGAUCUCUGGAACCGUCAUGUGGAGCAGUCCGCCUGACCCCGACUCUGAAGGAGAAGAAAGCUCUACGGAAAAGGACGCAGGUGCAGAUGGAGAUUCCAGGAAGAGAGGCCCCGUGGCUUAUGCCUCCCAGAAGCCCUGGCUCCUGAACGCCACCCUCGUGGAGAACAUCACCUUUGAGAUGCCCCUGAACAAGCAGCGGUACAAAACGGUGAUAGAAGCCUGCUCCCUGCAGCCCGAUAUUGACAUUCUACCCCAAGGCGACCAGACGGAGAUAGGAGAGCGGGGAAUCAUCCUCUCUGGUGGUCAGCGACAGCGCAUCAGCGUGGCCCGGGCGCUAUACCAGCAGACCAACGUGGUGUUUCUGGAUGAUCCCUUCUCAGCUCUGGACAUCCACCUGAGUGACCAUCUCAUGCAGGAAGGCAUCUUGAAGCUCCUCAGGGAGGAGAAGAGGACGGUGGUGCUGGUCACUCACAAGUUGCAGUAUCUCCCCCAUGCGGAUUGGAUAAUUGCCAUGAAGGAUGGGACUAUUCAAACAGAGGGGACCUUGAAGGACAUCCAGAACUCAGAGCCAGAGCUGUUUGAACACUGGAAAACUCUGAUGCAUCGACAGGACCAAGAGUUUGAGAAGGAGACGGUGACAGAGACCUUGACAAUGCUGGAGAGGAAGAACUUGCGGAGGGCCAUGUACUCCAGAGAGGCCCUGAAGACUGAAGAAGAGGAUGAAGAGGAGUUCACUGAGAGUGAUGAGGAGGACAACAUAUCACAGGUGCUGCGGCACAGAGCCACCAUCCCCUGGCGGUCCUGUGGCACCUACCUGAGCUCUGCUGGGCUACUGCUUCUGUCACUGCUGCUAUUAUCGCAGCUGCUCAAACACACAGUGAUGGUGGCCAUUGACUUCUGGUUGGCCCACUGGACCUCCCACGCCAUCCAAGUUGACAUUGCUGGGCGCAACUGCACAAUGAGUCGGGGAUGUGCUUUCAGCCAUUCUUCGUACCUGCUGGUGUUCAGCCUGCUCUGCUGCUUGGGGAUCAUCCUCUGCCUGGUCACCUCAGUAGCCGUGGAGUGGACGGGGCUGCGUGUCGCCAAGGAGCUGCACCAUGGCCUGCUCAACAAAAUCAUCCUGGCGCCCAUGAGGCUUUUUGAGACGACACCCCUGGGAAGCAUUUUGAACAGGUUUUCUGCUGAUACCAACACGAUUGACCAGCACAUCCCGGCCACCCUGGAGUGUCUGAGUCGCUCCACCCUGCUCUGCCUGUCAGCCCUGGGCGUCAUUUCCUACGUCACGCCCGCCUUCCUCAUCGCCCUCAUCCCCCUCGCCAUCGCGUGCUACUUCAUCCAGAAGUACUUCAGGAUGGCUUCCAGAGACCUCCAGCAGCUGGACGACAGCACCCAGUUGCCGCUGCUCUCCCACUUCUCGGAGACCGUGGAGGGCCUGUCCACCAUCCGUGCCUUUGGGUACGAGGCCAGGUUCAGACAGCGGCUGCUGGAAUACGCCGAUGCCAACAACAUCGCCUCGCUGUUUCUCACUGCCGCCAACCGCUGGCUGGAGGUCCGAAUGGAGUACAUCGGCGCCUGUGUGGUUCUGAUCGCGGCCGUCACCUCCAUCUCCAACUCCCUGUACAACCAGCUGACCAGUGGACUGGUGGGACUGGGACUGACCUACGCGCUCAUGGUCUCCAACUACCUGAACUGGAUGGUGAGGAACCUCGCCGACAUGGAGGUGCAGCUGGGCUCCGUGACGAGGAUCAGAGGUCUGCUGAAGACUGAGCCGGAGAGCUACGAGGGCCUCCUGACCGCCUCCCAGGUCCCCGCGGGCUGGCCGCAGCACGGCGAGAUCCAGAUCCAGAACCUGAGCGUGCGCUACGACAGCACCCUGAAACCCGUGCUGAAGAACGUCAACGCCCACAUCAGUCCCGGCCAGAAGGUCGGAAUAUGCGGCCGGACCGGGAGCGGAAAGUCCUCCUUCUCCCUGGCCUUCUUCCGAAUGGUGGACACGUUCGAAGGGCAAAUCAUCAUAGACGGGAUUGACGUCGCCAAACUGCCGCUGCAGACCCUGCGCUCGCGCUUCUCCAUCAUUCUCCAGGAUCCCAUCUUGUUCAGCGGGACGAUACGCUUCAACCUGGACCCUGAGAAGAAGGUGACGGAUGGCAUGCUGUGGGAGGCGCUGGAGAUCGCGCAGCUCAAGCCCGUGGUGAAGACCCUGCCUGGGGGGCUCGACGCCAUGGUGACGGAAGGAGGGGAGAACUUCAGCCAGGGGCAGCGCCAGCUCUUCUGCCUCGCACGGGCGUUCGUGCGCAAGAGCAGCAUCCUCAUCAUGGACGAGGCCACCGCCUCCAUCGACAUGGCAACGGAAAGUAUCCUGCAGAAGGUUGUGAUGACGGCCUUUGCCGACCGGACCGUGGUGAUCAUAGCCCACCGCGUCCACACCAUCCUGAACGCUGACCUGGUCAUCGUGAUGAAGCGCGGGACCAUCCUGGAGUACGACCGGCCCGAGGUGCUGCUGGAGCGCGAGGACAGCGCAUUCGCUUCCUUCGUUCGCGCCGACAAAUGAGGGACCUUCGAAGUGCAAUUGUAC